CCGCGCCCGCCCGGGAAGGCGCGCAGUCGGAAGUGGGGCACCGGAAGCGACAGUUGCCAUGGAGUCCGAGGAGGAUUGGCUGGUGGAGUCCUUGCGCUUGUACCAGGAUUUCUAUGCAUUCGACCUCUCGGGAGCCACUCGAGUCCUUGAAUGGAUUGAUGACAAAGGUGUUUUUGUUGCUGGCUAUGAAGGUCUGAAAAAAAAUGAGAUUCUUCAUCUGAUAUUACCUCUCAGACUUUAUGUAAAUGAAAAUCAGGGCUUAUUCCCAGAAAGAGAUUUCAAAGUGCGCCACGGAGGAUUUUCAGACAGGCCUGUCUUCGAUCUAAAGCAUGUGCCGAGUACCAGAUUGCUGGUGACCAGUGGCCUUCCAGGUUGUUAUCUGCAGGUUUGGCAGGUUGCAGAGGACAAUGAUGUCAUUAAAGCUGUCAGCACCGUUCCUGUGCAUGAGAAAGAGGGGACUCUCUGGCCUAGGGUGGCCAUCUUUUCCUCAGUGGCACCCAGAGUCCUCCAUGGGGUGAGGCUCAGCAGCCUGGAGAUUGUGGACCUGGAGUCCCUGAAGACCGCGUACACCUCAGGUGUCAGUGACAAUGAGGAGCUGAGUAGCCUGCAGGUCCUAGAUGCAGACACCUUUGCCUUCUGCUGCCCCUCAGGCCGGCUGGGGCUUGUUGACACCCGCCAGAAAUGGGCACCAUUGGAGAGUUGCAGCCCCAACCUUGGGUCUGGUGGACAGAGAUGGUGUGCAGAAGUUGGGGACAAGGGCCAGGGUCUUGGGUCCAGCAUCGCCAGCCUUGGCUCAAAUGGGCAGCUCCGUCUCCUUGACCCCCGGAAUCUCUGCCAUCCUAUGAGCUCAGUCCAGUGCCCAGUGUCCAUACCUAGCCCCAACCCAGAGCUACUGAGAGUGACUUGGGCCCCAGCCCUGGACAACUGCUUGGCCAUCUCAGGUUUUGAUGGAACCAUCCAGGUCUAUGAUGCUACAUCUUGGGGUGGAAUAGGGAGCCAAGUAGAACCUCUCUUCAUUCACAGAGGUCACGUCUUCAUAGAUGGAAAUGGGAUAGACACUACCCCGCUGGUCACCACCCACACCUGGCACCCCUGCAAACCAAGGACUUUGUUGUCAGCAACAAGCAAUGCCUCUCUGCACGUGUGGGACUGGGUGGACCCUCGUGCCUCCCGCUGACACCAGUGUCUUUCUGUCCAGGCCUUUAGAAAGAGGAGGAACUGCUAGAUCAGCAAGGGUACUGACUAGGACUCGAGUGACCCAGGGCCUCAGUAUCAGCGGUGUGGCCUUGGGCAAGUCACCCAGCCCCACUUAGCGCCAGUUUCCUUAUCUGCAAAACAAGGAGAGUAAUAACUACCUUGCAGGGUUGCUGGGGAAGUUAGAAGUCAUAUGUGGCACAUGUUAGAUUUGGUGACUGCUGUUAUAUCUGGGAGCCCCAUUUCCCCAAAUGUAAGGUGGCCAUGUUUUGUCCCUGCCUUCUUCACCACAUCCAUAGUGAGAAUUAGGAGAGCUAAUGAUUGGAAAUGGACUUUGAGAACCUUUUUACAGAAGAAAAAAAUGUAUAAGGGCCCUAAAAAUGAAAAAAUGCCGAUCCCAGUAGCAGUUAAGAAAAUACCAGUUA